CUCUCCUCUCGAGCUGUCACACUGACAGUGGAGAGGAGAGCCGCGGACAUGUACACUGAUCAUCUCUGAUGAUCAGUGUAGCCCCAGCAGUGCCAGCUGUCAGUGUCCAUCAGUGCCAGCUGUCAGUGUCCAUCAGUGCCACAUCAAUGCCACAUAUCAGUGCCCAUCUGAGCUGCCUUUCAGUGUCACCCAUCAGUGCCAGUCCGUGCCACCUAUCAGUGCUGCCAAUCAGUGCCACCUAUUAGUGCCAGUCAGUGCCGCCUAUCAGUGCCAUGUAUAAGUGCUGCC